AUGGACGACAAUGAUCAAGUGAUCUUUUACCCAAACCAAGGAGUAGACCCGCACAACCGAUGCUGUGGUGGUUCCAUGUGGUGCAUUCAGGACAUAUGUGGUAUUAUUUGUGCGAUAUUUACGUGGCUGUUGAUACUGUAUGCUGAGUUCGUAGUGACUUUCGUCACACUAUUACCAUGUCCGUAUCCCAUUUUUCAGUGUGUCAACAUGGUGAUAUUUCAAAUCUUUGCCUUCCUUGCGAUGGCUUCUCAUCUGCGCACAAUGUUCACAGAUCCGGGUGCAGUUCCAAAAGGAAAUGCUACAAAAGAAAUGAUACAUCAUUUAGGUUUACGUGAGGGUCAAGUGAUAUACAAGUGUCCAAAAUGCUGUUGUAUUAAACCUUCAAGAGCCCAUCACUGUUCUGUUUGCCAAAGAUGUAUUAGAAAAAUGGACCAUCAUUGUCCAUGGGUCAACAAUUGUGUUGGAGAGAAAAACCAAAAGUUUUUUGUAUUAUUUACGCUUUAUAUUGCUGCUAUGUCAAUGCACGCAUUAUACUUGUGUGUCAGCCAAUUUGUUUGGUGUCUACAUUCUGAAUGGAAGCAAUGUUCUUGGUAUACACCUCCUGCAACAGUAGUUUUUUUGAUAUUUUUAGGUUUUGAAGCAUUGCUAUUUGCAAUAUUCACCAUGGUAAUGUUUGCCACUCAGCUACAAGCCAUAUGCUCCGAUGAAACGGGUAUUGAACAAUUAAAAAAAGAAGAAGCUCGGUGGAUGAAAAAAUCUAAAUGGAAAAGUUUACAAGCUGUAUUUGGCAGGGUUUCUAUAACUUGGCUGUCACCUUUUUCACGGCCAGCUCCUAAGAUUAAAGUAGAUAAUUAUCUACAGGUCUAA